AUGGACCAUAAUAGUAUGGUCGCUGGAUGCUGAGCGAAGCAGUUGUCACCGUUGUUGUCAUUGAAAACUCCAAAGCUGUCUGCAAAUCUAACCUCGCGUGUGCUGUUGCCCAGUCGCUAGAUGGAGGAUAAAAUGGACCGAUGUCGGCCGAUUCCAAGGCAGAUCACUCCUUGGAAAAAUAGGCAGAGUUUUACUUGCUCCCGUCGUUUGUCUGACUUUCAUCCUUGUCGAUAUCCGGACCAGAGGACAGAGAAUAGCUUGCAACUGUUCUCCGAAGUGUUUCCCAAAGCAGGAGCAUCUUUAUUUACCUAUUGCCCAAGCGCUAAGCCCAGGAAGAGGCAAAGAUACAACUCUCGCUAAGUUGGCGAAGCUGUGUUGAGCCACCACUUCGCUAGAACGCUACCUCCUACAUACACCGCUAGAUAGCAGGAGCAUGGCGUCGGCGAAGUCCAAGUCGGGGUCAGGUUCGGAAACAGGUUCACCGAAGGAGAUCGACGUCUACAUCAAGCUAUCGUCGGGCAAGGUCGUCCCGCUGAAGGUAAACGCCGCCACGACCAUUGCCAGCGUGUGCGCCAAGAUACGCGGCCACGAGUCGUCCGUGCCCAGCGCGCGCCUGGCCCUCAAGUACCAGGGAGAGAUCCUGGCGAAAAGCAAGACAGUGGGCAAGUAUGGCGUGUGCAAGGAAACCGUACUGCGCGUGGAGAUCCUGGAGUCGAAACCGCUCAACAUCUUCAUCAAGCUGGAGGAGUCGUCACGCGUGGUCCCGAUGAAAUGCGAGAGCACGAACACGGUAGAGGAGCUCAAGAACAUGAUCAACACGGCGGAGGGUAUAGCCCCGCGUCGCCAGACCCUCCGCGUCGGAUCGACGGUGCUCUCGUCGCCACUGUCGUCGCUGCAGGAGUGCGGUGUGGAGGAUGAGAGUGUGGUGAAACUGGAGGUCAGCAGCGAGGUUGUUACGGCCGCCGUGCUGCCAGCCAAGGAUGCGACGGCGGCAGAGCUGAACGACGAGGAUAAACAGGACGUGCUGGGCAGUUUUGCAGCCGGCUUCGGCGCGGACCAGGUUGUCGAUGUCGUGUUCUCUUUCGACACGACCGGCAGUAUGUACUCGUGUCUGGCGGAGGUGCGGCGUCAGGUCAGUGCUACCGUGGAGCGUCUGCUGCAGGACAUCCCCAACAUUCAGAUUGGCAUCAUAGCGCACGGAGACUACUGUGAUUACAGCUCGAAGUACGUGCUCAAGCUAAUCGACCUGACCAAGGAAACGGAGAAGAUUGUCGAUUUCGUGAACAACGUUCCCUCCACCGGCGGCGGAGACUGCCCAGAGUGCUACGAGUGGGUGUUGGUGAAAGCACAGACGUUGUCGUGGCGACCCAACUCGGCCAAGGCGCUGGUGGUGAUUGGCGACGCUCUGCCUCAUCCCGCCGGUUACACUGACCAAGACAUCUCGUGGCGCCAGGAGCUGCUGACCCUCAAGGACAUGGGCGUCAAAGUCUACGGCGUGCAGGCGCUGAACCAAACGCAGAGCAUUCCGUUCUACAAGGAGCUGGCACGCGUCACCGGGGGAAAGUACCUGAAGUUCGCCAACUUCUCCCUGAUCACCGACAUGUUUCUGGCCGUGUGUUACGGCGCGUCGUGCCCCCAGCAGCUGCAGGCAUACCAGCUGGAGGUGGAGAUGGAGGGGCGCAUGACCGAAGAACUCGGCAAGGUGUUUGAAGAACUCCAUAAGGACACCGAGGAAACAAAGGAAGAGGAAGAAGAAGAGGAGGAGGUGGAGGAGAAGAAAGGCGGUACAAAGAAGGAGAAGGACGCUGAAGCACCCAAGAAGUUGGACGAUGACUUCUCCUCGCCCAACGCCGUCCGCCAGUCGUGGUGGUCUCGAAGCUGCGGUUCGGAAACCUGCCGCUACACGUAUAACAAGAAGGAGGACGAGUGGGGAACAGUGUCUCAUAAGCGUAGCGUGCACACGACGAGUUCCACGUCCACGCGAUCCAGUUCCGUCUCCACGCCGCGCCGCACGCCGACCACGGCGGCGGGCAAGAAGACCUCGCGCCUGUCGUUCCGUAAGCGCUCGCGCAGCACGGCCGCCACCGCCACGCGCCACACCCGCCGCUCCGACAUUGCGCCGAGCCGCGAGGAGAUCCGCGUCGGCCUCCUGGGCUCGGCCGGCGUUGGCAAGCGCUCCCUGGCAUGCCUCUUUGCCGGGGAUGUCUGCGCGGCGUCCGACAAAGCGGCAUCGCCUGCGACCGAGACGCAUCGAAAAGACCUCGCCCAUGCUGGCAAACCGUACUCCGUUGAGACUGUCGUGUCCUGCCAGCUGGUCGGCAGCCCGCUGGAGAAGCUGAUGCGCAGCCGCGAGUGCUUCCUCAUCAUGUACUCGCCGCAUGACAAGGCGUCCUUCGACGAUGCUCGCGAGGUCGGCGAGCGAGUGCGCAGCUUCUACGGCUUCCCCGUCCCCGCCCCGAUCAUCCUAGUGGCCAACAAGGAAACCACUACGCACAAAGAAGAAGUCGCGAUCUCCCCGCGACAGGGCUCUGAGCUCGCCAAGCGGCUUUCGUGCCCCUUCCUGGAGAUCGGUUCCGCCAAGCAGGCCGCCUCGAAGAGAGAGAGCGAGGACGUCUUCGUGCAGAUGCUGAAGAUGGCGCUGGACGCUCGCGAUAAGAUGUGAUCUGCUGCAUAGCAAAUGCCACGGGAGCGGAGCGUGCUGUCGUGUGCGCGCUCCGGCUGCAGCUGCAACUGAGCACUGAGCCCGCCAGACCUGUUGGUCAAUGACGUGACUGCCCCGUUUCGUGAUUCUCCUGAACUGAUUCUGAGAAAGGGCGUGCCAGGAAUAUCUUCUCCGUUUUGUUUAUUACUAAUAAUAGUAGAUACCCACUGUUAGCUCUUGUACAUAGUAAUAAUGUUUACUGUUUGUAUCACCCAACGGCCGCCUAUCGAGUGGUUCACUGCACUGGAGAAGAAGUAUGUGUUCAAAUUACUUGUAGUAACUUGAGCUGAUGCCGUCCUUAGCUUUUGCUGAUUAUUAUUUUAGUUGACAAACGGCUUCCGUAGUACGGUCAGAGUUAUUUCAUUUUCAUUUUCACGACAUCGUGCGGCCUCGUGAUGACAUCAUGACACGACGCUACACCUAUGUGCAUGCUGCCAAUUUGUAACGAUGAUGUCAUGGUCACAUGACCACAUUUACUGUGUAUAGCGUGUAUACCCUUGAGACCACUGUUACUAGUACCAGG